GUGCUUGUAGCAAUCGCAGAGAACAAACAGAAAGCCAGCUGGCAGAAACUGAACAGUGCCACUGCAUUUUUAUUGCUUCUAACACCAAAAAAAUAUAUUAUUACAAAAAAUGUCUUUUUUAAUUCCUUUUAUCUCUGAUCCUGUAUUAAUUUGUCUGCUCUGUGCAGCAGUAUUAUUAGCUGUAAUCUAUUUUUCAACUGGCUCUAAAAAGUCAUCUUUUAAAUUGCCUCCUGGUCCAACUCCUCUUCCGAUCAUUGGUAACCUGCAUUUGGUGGAUAUUAGAAGGCAAGAUAAAUCUCUAAUGAAGCUUGCGGAAGAAUAUGGCCCGGUCUUCACCCUCCAUUUUGGCUUCCAGAAAGUUGUGGUCCUGACUGGGUACGAAGUUGUGCGGGAGGCGCUUGUGAACUACACAGAGGAGUUUGUAGACAGACCAUCCAUCCCAAUAUUUGACCAAAUUCAGAACGGAAACGGUGUGUUCUUCUCCAUCGGGGAGCUGUGGAGAACAACGCGGAGAUUCACCGUGUCCAGCAUGCGCAACCUCGGCAUGGGCAAACAAAUGAUGGAAGGGAAAGUCUUUGAGGAGCUUCACUUCCUUAUCGAGACAAUCAAAUCCUUCAAAGGGGAACCUUUCAGCUUGAGGUCCUUCAACAUCGCUCCAAUCAACAUCACCUUCCUCAUGCUCUUUGGGGACAGGUUUGACUACAAGGACCCAACAUUUCUCACUCUCUUAAGACUCAUAGAUGAAGUUAUGAUUCUUCUGGGAUCUCCAUAUUUGAAUUAUUUCAAUUUCUACCCAUUCCUUGGAUUUCUCUUCAAAACCCACAAGAUUUUGCUUGAGAAAAUAGAAGACGUGCGUGCCAUUAUAAGGCAAUACAUGAAGGCAAGCAGGGAAGACAUCAAUGAGAACAGUGUGAGGAGCUACACUGACGCACUGAUAUUCAAGCAACACGAGGAGAAAAACAAGAAAGACAGCAUCUUCCACGAUGAAAACUUAAUAGCAUCCAUACUGGACCUGGUCAUGGCAGGAACAGAGACCACAGCCACGACGCUCCAGUGGGCCAUCCUGCUGAUGAUGAAGUACCCGGAGAUUCAGAAAAAGGUGCAAGAGGAGAUUGGAAGAACCAUCAAAGUUGGAACGUGGGCCACGUAUGAGGACCGGAAGAACAUGCCCUUUACCAACGCGGUGUUACACGAGGUGCAGAGGUUUAUCACCCUCCUGCCCCACGUUCCCCGCUGCACUGCUGUUGACACCCACUUCAGGGGCUACUUCCUUCCCAAGGGUAUAAUUGUAAUCCCAUCGCUCACCUCCGUGCUGCUGGACAAGACGCAGUGGGAGACACCACACCAGUUCAACCCCAACCACUUCCUCGAUGCUGAAGGGAAUUUUGUGAAGAGGGAGGCUUUCCUGCCCUUCUCCACAGGGCGAAGGAACUGUAUCGGAGAAAGCCUGGCCAAGAUGGAGCUGUUUGUCUUCUUUGUAGGAUUGCUGCAGACAUUUACUUUCCAACCCCAGCCAGGAGUUUCAGAGUCUGACUUGGACCUCACUGUCCCCCAAACAACAUUCACAUUAAGGCCUCGGCCACAGGCAACCUGUGCUAUCCUACGUGAAUAACCACAGCCCCGCUGAAGAGCCCCCCAGGCAAGUGGGGAAGCUGCUAAGGCCCAACUUAGCUAGGCUAGGACUCGCCACCCCCAUCCUGACACAUCACGCUCGUAUUUCCUUCUCGCUGUCUCCAUCCACUCCCACUCCACUGCCCUCCACCUCUACAUCUGCCCCACAGGUCACUGACCCGCUCGUUGCUCCCUAGCUGCGAGGGGGUGCAGACGAUCGAUGUCAAACUGUGAUCCUGGCUGACAAACCCACACUUCUCCAGAGAGGGAGGCUGUGCCUGGAGCAGCUCGAAGGACCACGGAGGACGUCUGGUGACAUGCAUACAGUCCAUGAGAUGUAGGUGUGACAUCUAGACUCCCACAGCAAAGCAGUGAGGUUGAUAACGUUGCAGAAAUCUGCCCCAAAUCCCUAGGAAAGACACGCUGACACUCACAGGGAGUCCCAGAAACAUGCUGUGGGUCACACAGUUGAACCAUCUGCAGGUACCUCCUGAACCAAUCUCUCCAUAGCUUCUAGGCAAAUUCUGUCGAGCUAGGCAGCCAGGUCAAACACAGAGUGAAAUUUGACAGACCAGUUCAUGUGAUUUGGGGAUUAAGUUCUUCAUGCCUUGGAACAGAGUCCUGAAAGACACCUCAAAGUCUGCGAACCUGUUUAGAUAGCCAAGUGCUGCUACCACCAAGUUCAAUGCUGCUUCACAGCCUGAAUGAAAGAAGACCUGACACUGUUAAUAUUUGUACCAGCAACUGAUCAUAAAAGGCUAAUGAUAUAGGAAAAUAAACAAGACCAAUUUCUAGUUUUAUGGCUCUCUGUUUUUCCUGACUGUGUUGAAUAGGAGCAAAUGUUUCCCCCCUCUCACAAUCUCCUGGGGAAUCAAUCUGGUAUUUGGGACACUUUGGCCAUUGGAACCAACCACUGUAAAUGGAGUCUAAUUUCACAGUGCCUGCACUGCAUACACACAUUCAAGGAGACUUUGGAUCAGGGAUUACAAGAGACCUGGUCUGGGUUAUUUUCCUUUGCUCUGAAGCUUUAUCUGGCUGCUGUCUGUACCUGUACCGCUCUUAUCUUCCAUCACACUACAACCCUAUUCCAGUUGAUGUAUAGCUCAGGCAAUUUUCCAUCUGCAUAACCACCUGUGAAUUGCUACUUUUCCAUAUGCAUUAUCUUAUUAUGUACUUUAUCACACUGUUUGCCUCCCCCUUCAUGGGAAUCCAAUAAAGUUUUAUUUUUCCCAUGUCUUCAUUAUAUCUGAUGUGCCUGUCACCCAACUUUGUGCUGCACAGAACAUGAAGGUUGAUCCUGAGCCCACGAGUGACAAUGAAUAUUGUCAGUUCAACUCAUAUCUCAGGGUUGAGAGGUUCUGCAUGCCCUGACCCUACUAACACAGUGCUCAGCCCUCCAUAUCUGCAGAGUGGUUUCUCCAAGGCAAAGAGCUUUCCCUUUCAGCUCAGAUAUGGCUACUGGUCAGUCCUGAGGACAGCCUUUGUUUUUCACUUUUUUUUCCUUGUCCAACCUUCACAUCUUGCUUGCAGGGGCAGAAUGAAAUGUUUCCAUCACACCUUCACUGAUGCUAGUGCUGUCCCUCUGCAUAGUGCCUUGGAGCUUGAGUCUCUCACCUCAACUCUGGCCCUCCCAAAGCAUCACUUGCAGACGCUGUUCCUCUUGGGGAGUGGUGGCAGCAGGAUGGGGUCUUCUUUGGGGAGGAGACAGGUAAAGCAACUGAGCAACAAGCUACACAUCAACUCAGUGAAGGUACAGAAGUGAAAAAGACUUUUGCCUUUGGCUUCUGAGAGGCCAGGCCUGUUCCUGCUCUAGCCCCCUUCAAAACUAAUAUGAACUCAGAAGACAGAUGUGGCAACCACCUAGUGCUUGGGGGAGAAAACUGGGCUGGGUUCAGAUCUGCAUUAACUUACUGGUGGAACCUCAGACCUGACCCCUUGUCACUGCCUUUUGGUGUCCUGGCUUCGAAGGAGAGAGGUGGAUUCCUUCCUAAAAGUACAGCAGCCUCCAGAGCCUGCUCUUCUCAGACAUCAC